AUUUAUUUGAAUAACAUUCUAAUUCUCUAGUGCAGACCAUCAUUUCUCUCCAUGGUCAAGAAGACAGUCUUGAAGGUUGAUAUCAAUUGUCUCAAAUGCAAAAAGAAGCUCCUCAAAGCUGUCUCUUCGCUUCAAGGGAUUGAUAAAGUUGAAAUUGAUGAAGGGAAGGGUAUGUUGACCGUGACAGGGGAUGCAGACCCAUAUGAUAUAAUAGUUCGCAUAAGGAAAGCUGGGAAAUUUGCUGAAGUUGUGAGUAUUGGGCCUCCACCUGCCCCACCAAAACAGGAACCUCAGAAGCAGGAAGCCCAAAAGAAACCCGAAGAGAAGAAAAAGCCCGAAGAAAACAAAAAGCCCGACCCAGUGAAUUUGGAUCAAAUAUCUCAUGUGCCCUAUAUGCAGAUGCCCCAUUACUACCCACCUUACCAGCCAGUUGCUGUGGUGCAUAUGAGUAGGUGGGAUGAGCCCAACCCAUCUUGCACUAUAUUGUGAAGAUGUUUAGGCCAAAAAUAAUAUCUGUGAUUUUUUUUCCUUAAUUUAUAGGUUGAAGAAAGUAUUCGUAAAGACGGGGUUAAUCCCAUGGCAGAACCACCUGAAGUAUAUGACCCUGAGAAAACGAUCAAUGCUGAUUGCUAUGUGUCAACUCUCCA